AUGUUUGGAUCAGAUGCUGUUCAUUACGUUAGACGUCCUAAACAUUUUCGCGCCAUAAUUUAUUACAACCUUCAGAGACAAUUAUCGCAACAAGAAUGCCUUGCUGAGUUACUGUCUGUUUUCGGCAACGAAGCGCCACAUCAGUCGACAAUUUCCCGUUGGUAUGGAGAAUUCAAACGUGGACGCGUGAGUCUUAGCGACGAUCCCAGGGUGGGUGCACCAAAAACGGCAGUCACCCAGGAAAACGGCGAUGCUGUGCGCAAACUCAUCAUUGAAGAUAAACAUGUGACAUAUCGCGAGAUUGAGGCAAAAUUAGUUUCUCGUUGGAUACCCCACCUGUUGACUGAAGAGCAGAAAGCAGCCAGGGUUAAUUGGUGUCAAAAAACGCUUGACCGUUUCAAUUCCGGAAACUCAAAAAAUUCGGCUGUUUGGGUGUUCCAAGGUGAAGAAAAGCCAACAAAAGUCAUCCGUUCUCGAAGUGUUUCGAAAAAGAUGGCCGCGACAUUUGUGUCAAAAGCGGGUCAUAUUGCAACAAUUCCUCUUAAUGAGCAAAGAACUAUUACUGCGUAUUACUAUACCACCAUUUGUUUGCCAAAAGUCAUCACCGAGCUUCGAAAAAUCAACCCCGAAAGAAGAAUCAUCCUCCAGCAAGACAAUGCAAGCUCGCACACAGCCCAAAAAACAAGGCUGUAUUUAACGGAAGAAAACGUGGAAUUAUUGGACCAUCGUCCAUAUAGUCCUGAUCUAAGUCCUAACGAUUUCUUUAAUUUCCGGAAAAUUAAAAACAGAGGUGGUCAAAGGUUCCAGUUCCAGUCACUAGAAGAAGCAUGGAAUAAGUGCUUCGAAAAUUGGUUCGAGCGCAUGCAGUAA